AUGAGAAUCACAUUCCCGAGUGCGCUCGCAGCGCUGCUGCUCCUUGCCACGACGACACCGGUCUUGUCGCAUCCGGAACCCGUUACAACCGAAGUUCAACUCUCGUCGCGAGAGGCAUACCCAGUAGAAGCGCACGAUGCGCGCUCCCCCGUGGAAGGAUUUUUCGCCGAUAUAAAGGAGUUAUGGAAGAGGCGCGGAGGAGGCGGCAGUGGCGGCAGAGGCGGUAGUAGUUCAGGAAGCUCGUCGUCGGGAAGUAGUUCAAGUAGUUCCAGCAGUUCGGGAACAGGAAGUUCUGGCAGUAGUCGUGGUGGAACUGGAGGAACCGGAAGUACUGGAAGCACUGGAAGCAGUAGCUCUGCGAAUCGUGGCUCCUCCUCACCAAGCUCGAACAUCGGCGGAAGCACCAAAACUGGUUCAGGCGUGAGACCCAACUAUGGUGGAGGACGAUAUUACGGCGGUGGCGCAACCGCUCCUUAUGCCGCGGGGGGUCGCUCGCCCUUAGGACUUGCACCUGUCUUCCUCGGUGUAGGGUUGCUGGCUGUCCUUCCAGGCCUUUGGCUCUAUGGUGCAUAUUCAUAUCCAUAUCACCAUCCAUAUUCAUUCCACAAUCGCACUGCGCGCGCAAAUGCUACCACGACGACAUCGAGCUCAGCGAUCCCAACGGCUACGAAUGCGGCUCGCUCGGUGCUUCUAAAUGCUCGACAGGAUACUGGUGUCCAGCAGCAAAAGCCUGUUACAUGUCUCUGCGCUGCUUACGCAGUAUGUGGCUGUGACGACAACGACGACACUACUUUCCUCGAUGCCUUGAUUGGGGACGGCGACUACAACAAGUUGAACCAUACCCUGGUCACCGUUGCGGAUAUCAAUGGCACAAGCACUAUCAUCCUCAAUGGUACUUUGCCCAAUGGAACCACGGCUGCUGAUGGACAAGAUGAUGGACAAGAUAAUGAUACUUCGUCGGCGACGAGAAACAUCAUUAAUCUGUCUGGAUAUUGGGCUAUGAUUGCUUUGGUGGGAUGCAUGGUUUUCUUCGUAUAA